AUGAGAGCUGUAUGUAAAGCACUUACAAAACGUUGUUAUUCAAACUAUUUACAUAAUAUACAAAAUAGUCUAGUAUCUAAUCCUAAAUACUUUUGGUCAUUUAUAAAAAAUUGUAAAAAUAUAAAUCGCUUACCAACUACAUUAGAUCUAGAUAAUACACACUCUGAUAACCUAAAUGAUAUAGUUAAUAUGUUUGAUAAAUAUUUUGGAUCAGUUUAUUUAUCUCCUAAUAAAAAUGUAAAUGGUUCUUUAAAUAGUAUAGUCUUAGAUAAUAUCCAUCUAAGUAUUUUUCCAACUAUUUGGAAGACUAGUUACAUAUAUCCGGUAUUUAAAUCUGGUUUAAGAUCAAAUAUACGCAAUUAUCGACCAAUAUCAAGAUUAAGCGUUUUACCAAAAUUAUUUGAAAAAUUAUUAUUAACGAAACUUACAUACUUUUUAAGUCCAAAUUUAAUGNUAGACAUGCCUCGUCGUCAAGUGCAAAUACCAUCAUUAACAGUCAAAGGUGGUCGUGUAGAUGCAAUUUAUACCGAUUUAAAAAAAGCUUUUGAUAGUGUUGACCACUCAAUAUUGAUUAAUAAAUUAAAUGCUUUGGGAGUAGGAAAUCCAAUGCUAAAAUGGUUUUCCUCUUACCUAAAUGAUAGAAAACAAAUAGUUAAAAUAGAAGAAUUAUCGUCCUCUGUUAUUCUUGCAACAUCUGGAGUUCCACAAGGUGGGCAUUUAUCUCCUCUUUUAUUUAUAAUUUUUAUUAAUGAUCUUUGUAACGAGCAAAUCAGACAUAAUUUAUUACAGAUCAAAAAUGAAAUUACCAGUAUUUGUAGUCAUGAAACUGGUUUUCAAAAUCGAUGCAAAUUAGAAAAAUUGAAGGAAAUUACAACACAUUUAAUUUGUUUGUUGGCAGAAGAUAAUAAUUUAAACAGAGAAAUUAGAAACGAAAGGUUUUGUAACACAACUCAAAAUGAUAAAUCACACAAUGGUUGUGGAGAUGUUUCUGAGUUAAUUUGUACUAUUGAAACUGUAUGUGACUCUAAUGAUCCUAGUGGCUUAACAAAAGAGCUAUUAUUAACAGCAAAAGAUACAAUUCAACAUUUGACUUCUAAAAUUAAUUCCCAAUCUGAUCUUAUAUGUCGCUAUGAAAAAGAUCUUUAUGAACUUGUUAUAGAAUUAAAGAAAAGGGCAGAGUAUAUAAUGAGGUUAGAAUGUGAACAAAAAGCAAAGCAAGAUGAUUUAACUAAUUUAGCAGAUGAACUAAAGAAAAUUAUUACAGAAAAGAGUUUUAAAGAUAUGGAUAUAAAAAGAAUAAAAUGUGAAUUAGAGCAAAUGAAAUGCGAAUAUGAGAAUUUAUUAAAAACUUGCGAAAAACGCGAAGAUGAAUUAGUAAAUAUAAAAUACUGUUUAAAUAUGAGAGUAGAAGAAACUAGGUCUUUAACAAAAGAAAUUAAUGAAAAAAAUGAAGCAAUAGAUUUUUAUAUAAAAUCAAAACAACAAAUGGAAUAUGACUAUGAUAAUAUAGAAAAAAUGUUAAGGAAACAAGAGUCUCAGAACACUAAACUAACUACAGAUUUUGAACUGCUGAUGAAACAGUUCAAAAAUAUAGAAAGAAGUAAAAUUUUAUUACAUGAAGAUGAAAUUGACAAACUUAAUAAUAAAAACAAAGAAUUAGAGUGCACAAUCAAAAAUAACUUCGAUAAAUUCGAAAAUAUUUUAAAUAGCUUAAAGUUAGACAUUGAAAAAAAAAAUUUAGAACUCUCUAAAGCAGAAGAAAAUUUAAAUAAAGAACGUUUGUUAAACGAACAAAAUAGCUGUCGUAUAGAAAAAUUAAUUAAUGCAUCAGAAAAUUUGGAAAAAGAAUUAAUGAAUUACAAAAGAGAUUGUGAAAAACUUAAAAAACAAAUUGCAAUAUCAGAACUAGAAUUAUCAGAAUCUCAAAUAAAUGUUGAUGAUUUGAAUAAGCAACUGAGUAAUGCUAAUAAAGAAAAUGAUAAAUGGAAACGACAAAGUAUUUCACUGAACAAUGAUAUGGAAGGUAGACAACAAUUAGAGGAACAAUUAAAAAAAGAUAAUAUUGAGUUGAAGAAUAAACUUGAGUCAAUAGUGAAUGAAAACUGUAAACUGAAAUGUGAAAUAGAAGAAUUGAAUAAUUUACUUUCAUGUGCAAAAAAUAAUGAAACAUGUGUGCGUAAAGAUCUCAUAAAAGCUAAAGAAACUAUAAGUCAACUAAAUGAGAUAAUAAAAAGCACAGAGAUAGAAAUGUGCUGUUAUAGAAAAGAUCUAAACGCUAAAAUAGAGAAGCUUACAUGUACAGAAAAACAAAUUCUAGAAUAUAAAAAACAAAUUUGUAAUGAAACUGCUGUAAAAGACAAGUGUAACGAAGAAUUGUGUGAAAUUAAAAAACAUUUAAAAACAGAAAUGUGUAAUAUAAAAAAUAAAACAAAAAAUCAUGAAAAAAUUGAUCAGUGGCAAAAUUGUGAUAAAAACAAAAAUAAUACAACAGAAAAUAUUUCAUGUGAACAGAAAAAACAAGAUACGAAACUACACGAGAAGAACAGGUGAUAUAAAUUACUAAUAUAAUUACCAGAAUACAUUAUUUUAAGCAUAAAAUAUUACUUUUAAUGCUAUCCGCUCAAUUUUUCUUAGAGUAAUUACUUUUUUGUGAACUUUCUUUGGAUUUUAUUAGUUGCAUAAUAUUUUCUAUUUAUCUGUUG